AAUCCCGUCACGGGCAACCCCUACGCUUGCUGGCGCAGCCCAUAAACGCGAAACCCUGGCCCGGCCCACAUGCACUCGGCUCGUGGACUAUCGCGAGGUGUGUUGGGUUCAUCUGGUUUCAGUUCUGUCCCGAAUUAGGGUUUCGAAAGCAGGGAUAUUUAAACGCCGUCUAGGGCUCGGUUUGGUCUCGGAGCUUUUCAUUUCAGAGAGGGACAGGGAGAGGGAGAGGAGGAAUCCAUGGCGAGGAUCAAGGUUCACGAGCUCAGAGGCAAGUCCAAGGCCGAACUACUAAGCCAGCUGAAGGAUUUGAAAGCAGAGCUUGCUCUCCUCCGAGUCGCCAAGGUCACCGGCGGAGCCCCUAACAAGCUCUCUAAGAUAAAAGUGGUGAGGCUGUCGAUUGCGCAGGUGUUGACAGUGAUUUCACAGAAGCAAAAGGCUGCAUUGAGGGAAGCCUACAAGAAGAAGAAGUUCCUGCCACUUGAUCUGCGUCCGAAGAAAACCAGAGCCAUUAGACGACGCCUUACUAAGCAUCAGGUACUUUUCUUUGCUUCAUACUGUUUACUUUUAGUGUUUUUGUGCAUAAUUUGUUUUGGCAUUUUUUUAGCACUGGGCAAAUAUUACAUUAGCUUAUAGUGGUAGGAAGCAAGGUGAGCACUUCUACAAUGCUAGCAGAUUGUGACCCUACUCAUUUCUGUAUUUUUUAGGUUAUUUUGGUUCGAGAAAUGUUUUUUCUUAAGAAUAGAAUAAAACAAGAUAGAGUUCUAAUUGAAAUUGUGUAGAGAUGUAAUAUUUUAGAAGCAUGUCACUAACACAAAAGUUUGGGUUAAUUCAUCCAACAUGGAAUAUGAUAUGGAUAGAGAUUUCAAUGGGGAAAUUUGGGAAUGGUUAUUCCUGGUUUACUUCACCUUACAGAUUCAUAAUUUUUUUUUGCAAUGCCAUUUGUUUUGUGAUGAAAACUCAUCUUUUGUAAUUUGUCUAAUCUUUAUAUGUUAACAUUCUAUUCCUAAGAAUAGAUAUUUCGCAGACCAAGCCUAACCUUGAAGAAUCCAAUGUUUUGGGGAGCUGUGCGUUGAGCUUUACCUUCUUUGAUAGGCUUGUUUGCAACAGUGUUAAUAAUUUGUCUAUAGUUAUGCAGCCAUCCACUAAUCACAGUGGCAACUAGAUUUUUGGUAAAAUAUUGCAUGCCUUAAAAUGAAUGGAGCAAGCUUAUUCUAACCUUUUGGCAUGUGGGGUUGUAUGAACACUUGUAAUGCCAAAAAUUGCUAAUAGUAUGAUUCUCCUCCUGUGCUCUGUUUUCAAUACAUAUUUAAUUGAUCCUUGAUUUAUACAAAUAUGUGCAAGGGAGGUGAUAUUUGUAUUUGUAAAUAUGGAAGCUCUGUGAGGGUACCCUUGAUGACCCUUAAUGCUAAGGCUUUAAAAAUGUUAUGCAAAUAGUCCCUUCAGUUGAGCCAGUCAUUGCAAGUGACAUUGCCAUUUUAGAAGCUUCGCCAGCCUAUCCCCCUCUGCACAAUCUUUGAGUUGUCUAUUCAAUAGCUAACUGUUCUUGCCAAAUUUUGAUCAUGGAUUUAAAAAAUGGAUGAAAGAUUUUCCUCUCCAAUUCUUGCAUCAGUUCUAUUCCUCUCUAGACUUGUUCAUCAAUUUUUUGAUCACCUUUUCCUAGUAUAAAUUUCAGUGUACAGAUAGCAUGGGGUACUGAGAUCACCAAAUUGAAACGAAAUUUUUUAGCACAUAAAGAACCCAUUUAAUGUUGAUUGAAUAGUCAAAAAACAUUGACUACUUGACUGGCCUUUUACAUUCAUUGCCUAAUGAGUUUAAAAUUAGUCCCAUUGGACUGAGCAUGCUAAAGUUCAUUGAUCCCUACCCCAGCAUAAUCUUAAUUCCAAAAUUAAGAUCUUUACCUGCUGGAAUCAACUAAGCAAAUUUUAUGCUCGUUUUGAUCAUUCGUGAAGGCACCAAGGAGGCGUAAACAAGUACCAAAUGCUCCAUUUUCCUUUUACUACGCAAAUGCACUAUUUUUUUUUUGGAUAAGAGGAAAAUAUAUUAAAGGCAGAUUCAAGGUACAUUUGUAUAAUAAUAGGAGGACAAGUUGUGUUACAAAAAACAGAGCAAUGACCAAAUAGAUUAUGAAAGUGCUACCUUCCAAUACCUUUGAAGGCCAGACAGUGACAAAGCCCAAAAAUCCAAGCAAGCGGGCCCAAAAGGAAGCCAAGAAUACAACUCUAUCCCAUGACAAAUUUGAGAAGUUGUGGGACCCUUCAAGGUUCUCAUAUUCUUCUCAAUUUGAAUGGUCCAUAAGAUAGCAAAGAUGGCAUCAUGUUGUAAAACACAUGCCUUCCUACUUGAGCCAAGAUCCCAAUGUCUUACGAGCAAGAGAUCUUCCAUAUUUUGAAGCGCUACCCAAGCUUCACUGAAACAAGAGAAGAGAGCAUUCCAAAGGUGGUUUGCCACUAGCACUAGAGGAAAAGGUUAGCAUCUGUUUUAUUGGACUCAUGGGGCAUCUGCCACGUAUCAAGAAUAAGAGACUUGUAGUGUCUUCUUGUUUGUAAGAAAUCAUGUGUAUUGAUUCUAUUUAGAAUCACAAUCUUAAUGAUGGUUUGAAUCUUUAAAGGAACCUUAGCCCCUUCCAAAUGAUGUGGGUCAUAGGGAAAACAUUGGAUGUUUAAGAAAAGAGACCCAGGUGCGUGCCAACUCCUCACAUCAUCCUUGUCGGAAGGAGCAAUGCAAUAUAAUGCAGUAAUCAAGGUUGUAAGCUCAUCAACAUUUUUUCAUUGAGAUUCCUAAAAAGAUGGAAAUCCCAUGAAAAAGAGUUAAACAAAGAAGUUUUCAAAAAGACUAGAUGCGUUAUUGUUGGAUAGGUUAAUAGUGCAAUAUGCAUCUUCUCAACCAAUUGGGGGUGGAAUCAUUGUGAAUGUAAUAAAUUUGAAUUUUUGUAACUUUCAUAAUAUUAAAAAAUUUUCUAGAUGUAAUGGCAUUGACCCAACUACA